CAGCUGACAGCAUCGUCACGGAGGCGCGAGGGAGCGCGCGCCCCGCCUGCCUGCGGGAGGAGCCCGCAUCCUCACAGCCUGCGCUGCCCUGUCCUAUGCGAGGCGAGCUCGGAAGAAGCUCUGAGCAGAGUUGUGUUCAUCCUCAGGUGCUUCCUGGUUGAUCAUUGGAGCCCUCAAGCAACAUGCCAGAGCAGAGCAACGAUUACCGGGUGGCCGUGUUCGGCGCAGGUGGUGUUGGCAAGAGCUCUCUGGUCUUGCGGUUUGUGAAAGGUACAUUCCGGGAGAGCUACAUCCCCACUGUGGAAGACACCUACCGGCAGGUCAUCAGCUGUGACAAGAGCAUCUGCACCCUGCAGAUCACGGACACCACGGGCAGCCACCAGUUCCCUGCCAUGCAGCGGCUGUCCAUCUCCAAAGGGCAUGCCUUCAUUCUGGUCUACUCCAUCACCAGCCGGCAGUCCUUGGAGGAGCUCAAACCCAUCUAUGAACAAAUCUGUGAGAUCAAAGGGGAUGUGGAGAGCAUCCCCAUCAUGCUGGUGGGGAACAAGUGUGACGAGAGCCCGAACCGCGAGGUGGAGAGCAACGAGGCCGAGGCGCUGGCCCGCAAGUGGAAGUGCGCCUUCAUGGAGACCUCGGCUAAGCUCAACCACAACGUGAAGGAGCUCUUCCAGGAGCUGCUCAACCUGGAGAAGCGCAGGACCGUGAGCCUCCAGAUCGACGGGAAAAAGAGCAAGCAGCAGAAGAGGAAAGAAAAGCUCAAGGGCAAGUGCGUGAUCAUGUGAACUCCCUCCUGUGGGAGCAGCAAUUGUGUGUCUCCCUCUCCUUCCCUCCCCCUCCACGUGAAACCCACAGUCGUCAGGGUAGCAUGUCAGAUGCCCACGUGUUAAAUAUUGCAUUUUGACCGAGAUGUGCGCUGUUGUCCUCAGAGGGCAUUUUACACCACCACCAAUAAGCACCCCCUCUCCAGAAUCAGGGAAUCUGACAAAUGCUUAAAAUGAAAACUAACAUGCUCAGCAUCGCAGGGAACCAAGUGUGGUGCCAGCCAUUUCUGGAGGCAUCGUUCGCCAUCAGGAGGCGUGAGGGCUUGUGCCCUCGGAAGCAGCGUGUGCCGAUAGGGGGAAGUACCAUCUGCAUGCAUGUGAGAGCAUGUUAACCCAGAGCUGCAGACACCACCCCCAGACCAGGCAUCCCCUCUGCUCAGAAGCCAGUGACAACCCUUGGGGAGGUGAGGGGUGGGAGGAGGUGAGAAGACCAAGCCAAAGUUGUUCGGUUCCAUGGUUCUUUUACUGAAUUAAAAAUAACACAGCCUCUCUACCUGCCAGAGGAUGUUUACUGUCAGUUCCCAGCUGACCUGUGAGCCUUGCCACUCUGAGGGGAGGUCCUCACCUCACUAAGUCUAGUUAUUAGCAGGUAUCGUUUUAGCCUUUUAGGGUAUUUCUUUUCACAUACAACGAUGAAUUCACUAAGAGUGUGCCACUCUGUCAGAAAUUCUUCAAUUUCCGUUUAAAAUGUUUGUGUAAGGAUAUUGUGACAAUACUAAAACAUUGCAAUAACGCUCAUGUGUGUUAUAUUUUGAGAGUUUUAGAAAUGUGAAGUUUCCUUCCUUUGACCCAUGAGGGGUAUAACUCUUCCAGCCCUCAGAUUUUAA